CACAAAAGCCCGGGCAGCCGAGAUCCUGGCUCGGGAUGGCCCCAAUGCCCUGACGCCUCCCCCAACCACACCGGAGUGGGUCAAGUUCUGUCGGCAGCUCUUUGGUGGUUUCUCCAUCCUGUUGUGGAUCGGGGGCGGCCUUUGCUUCCUGGCCUACACCAUCCAAACAAUGGUGGACGAGAAUCCCAUGAAAGACAACCUCUACCUGGGCGUGGUGCUGGUGGCCGUGGUUAUCGUGACGGGUUGCUUCUCCUACUACCAGGAGGCCAAGAGUUCCAGGAUCAUGGACUCCUUCAAGCACAUGGUGCCUCAGCAGGCCCUGGUGAUCCGGGACGGCGAGAAGAUGCUUAUUGCUGCUGAGAACGUGGUGGUGGGGGACCUGGUGGAGGUGAAGGGAGGAGACCGGAUUCCCGCCGACCUGCGGAUCAUCUCUGCCAGCAGCUGCAAGGUGGAUAAUUCCUCUCUGACGGGCGAGUCGGAGCCGCAGAGCCGGACCCCGGAGUUCACCAAUGAGAACCCACUGGAGACACGCAACAUCUGUUUCUUCUCCACGAACUGCGUGGAAGGUACCGCACGGGGCAUCGUUAUCUUGACGGGGGACCACACGGUAAUGGGCCGCAUUGCCUCUUUGGCCUCCGGCUUGGAAGAAGGGCCCACUCCCAUUGCCAUGGAGAUAGAACACUUCAUCCACAUCAUCACCGGGGUGGCUGUCUUCCUGGGAGUGACCUUCUUCUUCUUGUCCCUCUUCCUCGGCUAUUCCUGGCUGGAGGCCGUGGUCUUCCUUAUUGGCAUCAUCGUGGCCAAUGUUCCAGAAGGGCUCCUGGCCACAGUCACAGUGUGCCUGACCCUGACGGCCAAGCGCAUGGCGCGCAAGAACUGCCUGGUGAAAAACCUGGAGGCUGUGGAGACGCUGGGCUCCACCUCCACCAUCUGCUCGGACAAGACGGGCACCCUGACCCAGAACCGCAUGACCGUCGCCCACAUGUGGUUCGACAACCAGAUCCACCAAGCCGACACCACCGAGGAGCAGGCAGGGGCAAUGACUGGCAAGCGCUCGCCCACGUGGACAGCCCUGGCCCGCAUCUCCGGCCUCUGUAACCGGGCGGACUUCAGAGCGGGACAAGAGGAUGUCCCCAUUGCAAAGAGGGAGACGACGGGAGACGCUUCGGAGUCUGCCCUCCUGAAAUGCAUCGAGCUGUCCUGCGGGUCGGUGGCAGAGAUGCGGAGGAAGAACGCCAAGGUGGCAGAGAUCCCCUUCAACUCUACGAACAAGUACCAGUUGUCUGUUCACGAAGCUGAAGACAAACCCAAAGGUCACCUCCUGGUGAUGAAGGGGGCUCCCGAGAGAAUCUUGGAGAAGUGCUCUACCAUCCUGCUUCAAGGGAAGGAAGUGAACCUGGACAAGAAGAUGCAGGAUGCUUUUCAGGACACCUACCACGAGCUGGGGGGUCUAGGGGAGAGAGUGCUGGGCUUCUGCCACCAAUACCUCCCCGAGCGCCAGUUUCCCCGGGGCUUCAAGUUUGACGUGGAGAAGGUCAACUUCCCCAUCAAUAAACUUUGUUUCGUGGGGCUCAUUUCCAUGAUCGACCCACCGCGGGCCGCCGUGCCGGACGCUGUGGGCAAAUGCCGAAGCGCCGGGAUCAAGGUGAUCAUGGUGACCGGGGACCACCCCAUUACCGCCAAAGCCAUUGCCAAGGGAGUGGGCAUCAUCUCCGAGGGAAACGAGACCGUGGAGGACAUUGCCGCCCGGCUCAACAUCCCCGUCAGUGCAGUCGAUCCCCGGGAAGCCAAGGCCUGCGUCAUCCAUGGCUCCGAGCUCAAGGACAUGACCCCUGAGCAGCUGGACAGCAUCCUCCGGAACCACCCGGAGAUCGUCUUUGCCCGCACGUCCCCUCAGCAGAAGCUCAUCAUUGUGGAAGGAUGCCAGCGGCAGGGGGCCAUCGUGGCCGUGACGGGCGACGGGGUGAACGACUCCCCAGCCCUCAAGAAGGCCGACAUUGGCAUCGCCAUGGGAAUCGCCGGCUCGGACGUCUCCAAACAGGCGGCAGACAUGAUCCUCCUGGAUGACAACUUUGCCUCCAUCGUGACGGGCGUGGAGGAAGGCCGGCUGAUCUUCGACAACCUGAAGAAGUCCAUCGCCUACACCCUGACCAGCAACAUCCCCGAGAUCUCUCCGUUCCUGCUCUUCAUCCUCCUCAACAUCCCGCUCCCGCUGGGCACCAUCACCAUCCUGUGCAUCGACCUGGGCACGGACAUGGUGCCCGCCAUCUCCCUGGCCUAUGAGAAGGCCGAGAGCGACAUCAUGAAGAGGAAGCCGCGGGACUCCGAAGUGGACAAGCUGGUGAACGAGCGCCUCAUCGGCAUGGCCUACGGGCAGAUUGGCAUGAUGCAAGCCCUCGCCGGCUUCUUCACCUAUUUCGUCAUCAUGGCGGAGAACGGCUUCCUGCCCAAUACCCUGAUGGGGAUCCGGCUGGACUGGGACGACCGCUCCAAGAACGACCUGGAGGACAGCUACGGACAGGAGUGGACGUACACCCAGCGGAAGCAGGUAGAGUUCACCUGCCACACGGCCUACUUCAUCAGCAUCGUGGUGGUGCAGUGGGCCGACCUGAUCAUCUGCAAGACCCGGAAGCUCUCCCUCUUCCACCAGGGCAUGAGGAACCGGAUCUUGAUCUUUGGCCUGCUGGAAGAAACAACCUUGGCCGCCUUCCUGUCGUACUGCCCGGGCAUGGACGUGGCCUUGCGCAUGUACCCGGUCCGGGUCACCUGGUGGCUCUGCGCCCUUCCGUUCAGCCUGCUGAUUUUCGUCUACGAUGAGAUCCGGAAGCUCAUUAUCCGUCAAUGCCCAGGGGGUUGGGUAGAGAAGGAGACCUAUUACUGAUCAGGCUACUCAUGACUUUGCCAGGGUGCCCGUUACAACCAUUCCAAA